UCAGUUUGUGCCACAUCCCUAAAUCUAUUAACUCAUCCUCGUCUUCAUUGAGUCCAAGAGUAGCACAUUGAGAAGACAAUCUCGUCCGAUAUUAGCACCGGGCAAAUCGACGUUAGAAGUAGAUAGUCCUACGGGAACUCGGUAGGGCUCUCGAAUUUAGGGAGGAAAACCUUCUUUUCAAGGGAGAGGUCGCAGCAAAUAGUAGGCUAGGUGGGAGUAAGUAAUUGAUUUGAGGUUUGAGAUAUUGAGGAGAGAGAAACAAAUUAGGGUUAUGGUAUAUGAAUAUAAUGCUUUGUACUUCUCCGUGGGUUCGUGAUUACGAUAAGCUUCAAUUCGUUGCCGUGAUCCUGUUAUACGUCCAAAUUGGAUGCUCUUUGGUUGGAUCCUUAGGAGCAUUGUAUACCGGGGUGCUUCUUAUCAACUUUGCUAUAGCGUUGUUUGCUCUUGUAGCUAUUGAGAGUGGCAGUCAAAGCCUUGGUCGAACUUAUGCCUUUUUACUCUUUUCUGCAAUCGUACUUGACAUCUUCUGGUUUCUUCUUUUCUCCUAUGACAUCUGGUACAUCUCAUCAGAGGAUAAUGGAGCAUUCUUUAUCUUUUCCUUGAAGCUCACUCUGUUCAUGCAAAUUCUUGGAUUGUCAGUUAGAAUAUUGUCUGCUUUCUUGUGGAUUCAGAUGUACAGACUGGGAAUUGCGCAUGUAGAAAGUGCAGUUUCUCGAGAAGCAGAUUUUGAUUUAAGAAACAGUUUUUUAAGUCCUGCAACCCCUGCAGCUGCAGUUGUUAGACAAUCCUCAGAUUCUGAAGAUCAACUAGGUGGAUCUAUAUAUGAUCCAGCGUACUACUCCACCCUUUUUGAAGUAAGUCAAGAUGACAAAUUCUCAAAAAAGGGGGGAAACAAUGUCAAGGAUGGUGAUCCUUCAUCUCAGGCGGAAAGUUGUAUAUUGAAGCUUUCAGUAGGGAGUGCUUUUAAGGCUAUAGUGGACGAGAAUGAGGCAUGUCCUCGUUUGGAUGUCUAGUAAGGAAACAUUGUCAUUUUUGGAAACAGACAUUCUAGAACUUGAUGAGCACUCUGAUUGAUUUGUUAAGGAGAAUUAAGGCUGUCAUCUCCAAGCAUUGUAUACUGAAUUUUGUAGGAAUGACAUCCACAUAUACGAAGUAUAAUUUUUUUUGAUAGAGGAAUCCAUUUUUUAAUUAAAA